UUAUAUUUAUGUAUUACACAACUAAGACAAUUCUAUUGAUGUUUCUUCAAACGGGUGCUGUUGACCCUUCUUCCCACUUUCUGUGGAGUAUACAUGUAUACAGACUUGUUUUGUAUGUAUACAUGUGGAAUUGAAAGAAAUCCUAUCUGGCUAAACCUCAUGAGUCUGUGAUGUUUUUAUUUUCAUGUGAUUUUGAAUCGGUGUUUACGUGUUCAUAUGUUUCACUGGUAGUUAAAUUGGUGGUUGGGAUCUCAGUUUUCUUUCACGAGAAAUUUCAUUUUUGUCACAAGAAAUCUCUCAACUCCAAACUUUCUCUCAUCUCCUUUUCCUUUCUUUCUUUCUUUCUUUCUUUCUUCUUCUACUUCUUCUUCUUCUUCAAAUCUUUGUUUUGAGAAGAAACAAAUAGAGAGAGAGAGAGAGAGUUGUUAUUUGGAAUUAAAAAACUCGCUCAGUGUUCACCAUGAAUCAGACCAGUGAUGAAAUAACACCAUUUCAAAUCACCAAGGAUAGAAAUGGGAUUGAUCAGGUGCUGCUUAGGAAUCCUCGAGGGGCUUCAGUUCGGGUAAGCCUCCACGGAGGACAGGUUCUUUCAUGGAAGACUGACCGUGGAGAAGAAUUGUUAUUUACCAGUUCUAAGGCAGUUUUCAAGCCGCCGCAUCCCGUCCGUGGAGGAAUUCCCAUAUGCUUCCCCCAGUUUGGACAACGAGAAUCACUAGAGCAGCAUGGAUUUGCAAGGAACAAGAUCUGGGCCAUUGAUGCUAAUCCACCACCCCUGCAUCCAAAUGAUUCCAAUGGAAAACCCUCCAUUGACCUCUUACUUCGCCCAUCUGAAGACGAUCUCAAGAUUUGGCCUCAUAGUUACGAGUUCCGUCUCAGGGUGUCUUUGGGAGCAGAUGGGAAUUUAACCAUGAUAGCUCGCAUUAGAAACGUCAAUUGCAAGCCUUUCAGUUUCUCAAUUGCGUUCCGGACUUACUUCUCCAUAUCUGAUAUUAGUGAAGUGAGGGUUGAGGGUUUGGAGACACUGGACUAUCUUGACAACCUAUUGCAAAAGGAGCACUUCACAGAACAAGGUGACGCCUUAACCUUCGAAUCUGAGGUAAGAGGCAGCCUCCAUUGUGUCAAAAAUUGGGUAAUGAAUGAUAAAUUAAAAUGUCCCUAUAGCAAGUUUUCUCAGAGAAACAGAUCCAGGAAAUGGAAAUGUGAAUUGGCCUUAAUGGUGUCAGAUUUCCCGAACUUGAGGUCAGUGACUUGGUGCUUUCUUUCUAAUUUGCAGAUAGAUCGAGUAUAUCUUAAUUCUAGAGAUGUUGCCAUUUUUGAUCAUGAGAAAAAACGUACUUUUGUCAUUCGGAAGGAAGGACUUCCCGAUGUUGUUGAUGCAGCCGUUUGGAAUCCAUGGGAGAAAAAGUCAAAGGCAAUUGCAGAUUUAGGGGACGAGGAAUACAAGCAAAUGAUUUGUGUGGAUGGGGCAGCAAUUGAGAAAUCAAUCACGUUGAAGCCAGGAGAGGAAUGGACCGGGAGAUUGGAACUUUCGGCUGUCCCUUCAAGCUAAUUCUUGAUUCUCAAAGUCUUGACUAGCUAACGCUUUAAUGAUUGAAUGGUAAAUAAAUGACUAGUUGGAUACAUAUAUAUAUAUAUAUAUAUAACACCUUUCGGCAGAGCAGCAGUAUUUGAAGUUGCUCUAAUCUGUAUAUUUUUUGUGGUGCAAAAGCCUAAAAAAAAAAAAAGGAUUAAUAAGAGCAUCACCUUCUAACUUGGAACAGUGAUGAGAGGCAGUUGUUUUUAUGUUUCUCCACGAUUAGUUAAAUGUAUGUUACAUGGAUUGUAGAAUGAAUGAAAAUAUAUUUAUUCUUUCAAUGCCACUAAGUGGCACAGCA